GAGAGAGCAGAAGAAGAGGGAAGGAAUGGCCCAGCAAUUUGUAGAGAGUAGAAUCUCUUUCGAUAAAGUAGUCCUUUUCAUUAAACCUACGUGUCCUUUCUGCAUAUCAGCGCAGAAGGUGCUGAAUAAAUACCAGUUCAAGGCUGGGCGACUGCAGAUCCAUGACAUAACCAGCCACCCCGAGGCAAGCAGUGUGCAGGAUUAUUUACAGCAAAAAACAGGAGCCCGGACGGUUCCCCGUGUCUUCAUCGGGGAGAAAUGUAUCGGAGGUGGUUCAGAUGUUGAGCAGCUGGAACGCAGUGGAAAGCUUAAAGACAUGCUGCAUAACAUAGCUGCCAUAUGACACCAGGUAUCCAAGGGUUGGUUGCUGAGUGAUUUACAUGAGACUGCAGCGAGACCUCCUGGAGUGCAUGUGAUGUCUGUAUUCUGUCAGCUCCUGCAAGUACACACUUGAAGGCCAUCUGUGAUUCUCCACAAAAGCUUGCUCUUCUUCUGUACAAAAGAAAUAUUAAAAUUAAUGAUCCUAUGGC